CACAUUUUCAGUGGAAAAGUGAUAAACAAUUCAUUCAUUCAUUGCUUUCAUUGACUCUUAAAUGCAAUUCAAAUGUCUUUUAUUAAACACUAUUUGCGACCAAAACCUCUUCAGUCGAUGCGAUGGUUAAGAGGUUUGUGUCAUCAGUCGGCCAAUGAAUCCAAACAUUUACCCAAAGAUAAGAUAAUUACGAAAAUGAAUGUUAAGAACGCGUUGAGGUGUCAGCCGUCGGAUCAGUUGAUCGCCAUUUCGGGUUGGGUGAAGUCGAGUCGCAAACAAAAGCCGAUAUUUCUUCACAUAAACGACGGAUCAGUUCAUAAACACAUUCAAGUGGUGAUCAAUGAAGACGUGGUCCACACAUUAGCCAAAGAGUUACAUAACGGAUGUUGUGUCCGAUGUGUGGGUCGUUUGGUGAAGAGUCCGGGACCUAAACAACCGGUGGAACUGUUGUGUCAGUCCAUUGAUAUCAUGGGUUCUUGCGAUCCAAACGCCUAUCCAUUUGUGGACAAAAGCCUCGACUAUAAGACUCAAUACUUUCGACAGUUUCCGCACUUAAGGCAAAGACAACCGUUGUUUCAGUCGUUGGCGCGACUCAGGAGUGAAGCCAUGAAUGCCAUCCAUAUGUAUGGCCGACAACACGACUUCACGAACGUUACGACACCUCUGCUUACGUCCAACGACUGCGAGGGCGGCGGACAUGUCUUCACUGUUAAGUCCCCAUUUUGUACAGAAGACAACCUCUACUUCAAUAGACAGACCUAUUUGUCGGUCUCGAGUCAACUCCAUUUGGAGGCGAUGGCCCGAUCUUUGAGUCGAGUCUACACUUUGAGCCAAUGUUUUAGAGCCGAACAAUCGCUGUCCAGAAGACAUUUGGCGGAGUUUUUGAUGUAUGAAUCGGAAGAAGCAAUGACAUACAAUGAGGCGAUUGAAACGUUGAGAAAGACUACAAAAUAUGAAGAUUUAAAAAGUGGACAAAAUCUGAACGCAGAACAGGAAAGACUAUUAGUUGAAUGUAUGGAUAAUAUUCCCGUUUUUGUCACUCAUUUCCCGGCAAAUGUAUUUAUUCAGUAUAUUCUGUUGACUAAUAGACCUGCUCUGUGUUUUGAUUUAUUGGCUCCGAUUUCCGGUGAGAUCUGUGGCGGAAGUGUUCGCGAAGACUCGCUCACAGAACUCGAGAAUCGUAUCAAUGAUCUCAAAAUGAGUGAUAGUCUCGACUGGUAUUUGGAUUUAAGACGCUUCGGGAAUACGAUUACCGGCGGGUAUGGCAUAGGAUUUGAUAGACUCAUGCAAACUAUGACAGGUAUUCCCAAUAUCAGGGAUGUGUCGACUUUUCCCAGAUUUCUACACAAUUGUUUGCUUUGAACGAAAAUUUUUCAAUACAAUCAUUGAAUUAUCAAUUCAUUUGCCACUGCUUUAUACCGGUUGUCUGUUUUUAAAUGAAAUUUAUAUACAAAUUCUUUAAAAUAAAUUAUUUAUUAU